AUGACAUACUGCCCCUUGUUUAGUUCCCAAGGCUUUGCUGUAAAGCAGCUGGGAAGUUUCCUUCUUACAGGAAGGAAGAAGCAGAAGCUUGCCAAAGAGAAAGCAGGGCUUUCCAAGCUGCCUGAUUUGAAAGAUGCUGAAGCAGUUCAGAAGUUUUUCCUUGAGGAGAUUCAGCUUGGGGAGGAACUACUAGCGCAAGGUGAAUAUGAGAAAGGUGUUGAUCACUUGACCAAUGCCAUUGCUGUGUGUGGACAGCCGCAGCAGCUACUACAGGUUCUACAGCAGACUCUACCACCUCCAGUGUUUCAAAUGCUUCUAACUAAGCUCCCUACAAUAAGCCAGAGAAUUGUAAAUGCACAGUGCUUGGCUGAAGAUGAUGUUGAAUGAGGUCACACCACACCAGGGGAAAAAAUGUUUUCUUACCCCAGAAGAUGAGCAUCACUAGGGGCAUAAAGGGGCAAACAUAGUAGUUAAUGGACUGUGUACCACAUCGGGUUCUACCAGAGUUAAAAUUAACUUUGUGUAGGUGGGUUUCGCAGGAUUUUAUUUAUUAUCCCAGUGAAAAGUGUAUUUUGAUAAGAAUUCAUUUUAUAAAUACACUGUGUUGAGUUAUCAAAAGUAUCACUGACUUCAUUAUUAUUAAAAUAUGCAGUUGUAAUGUUGUACAUAUAAAGACAUAAACCUACGACCUAUUAAAAACCCAAUGCUCAUUUUUGAAAAAACAAGGUUAUGGCAAUAAAGAUUUAUCUGCA